AUGAAAGACGGGCAGAUUUUUUUGGCUUUUUUUGUUAAACAAAUGGCUGGUAAAGCUGGACGUUUUGCUUCUAGAUAUUGUAAAGGAGAGUGGAAUAAUCUUGGCCACAAACACUUCAUCUUUAAAAUCGGUGGAUUUCGCUGCAAAUUUGAAACACAAGAAACUUUUGGUGAUCUUCAUUUUUUCAAUCCUGUUCCAGUCAUGAAAUUGCUUGAGGUUGUUAAAUUUGAUCAAACUAGUGAGGACACAUUUCAACACCUUAUGAAAUUUGGAAAAGAUAUCGGAAAGUUCACUGUUGACACUUCCGGAUUUAUCGUCAACCGCCUCCUCGUUCCAUACAUGUUGGAAUCAAUACGAAUGUUUGAUAGAGGAGACGCUAGCAAAGAGGAUAUUGAUUUGGCAAUGAAGCUGGGUGCUGGUUAUCCUAUGGGACUGUUUCAAUUGUCUGAUUAUGUUGGGUUGGAUACUACACAAUUUACUGUUAAAGGAUGGCAUGAAAAGUAUCCAAAUGACCCUUUAUUCCAACCCAUUACAACUUUGGACAAACUUGUAGCCGAAGGAAAAUUGUGUGUUAAGAGUGGAGAAGUGUUUUACAAAUACAGAAAAAAUAAGUUGGUUCAGAAGUUGAAGUAUCUCUGGAAAAUUUUUGGUUUGUCGUAGUUGAUUCCUACACUUAUGGUUAGAGGAGAAUGCAGAAUUGUUGUAGUCCACAACCUGCUAAUGUUGUAAAGACUUGCUUAGAUAAUGAGGGAAAACAAGAUAGGAUGGAAAGAAUGGGUAUAUUUUUUUAAAUUAAAAAAACUCUCGUCUCAGAUUGUCGGGACCAUUUGUUGUUGCCCAAGUUGUUGCUUGUUUACGUGAGGAUUGUCAAUUUUUAUAUUUGUUGUUCUGAAGUUGGGGAAUGUUCUGGAAUGAUUCCUUGUAAACAAGCUGAUACUAAUGGUCCAAAUGGAAUUGUUAGACUGAUUCGUAAAAAAAUCAAUAAAAAUAAUCUGAAGAGAAAACAAGGCCGAUUUACCGCCGCAUUUGCUGCAUUUUUUGAAGAAAAUUAAUUU